CAGCUCAGUUUGUCAUUGGAGCUGCGACCUUCUUGUAGAGAUGCUCCGCCUCCUUCUGACCACAGGCCUUUUUCUGGCGCUUGUCAGUUUGGCUCUCUCCUUCCGCCUCGUGUGUUACUACAACAGAAAAGCAGCCGCCAGACUCUCCAUCGGCAGAUUCACUCCAGCGAAUGUCGCCCCAAAUCUGUGCACUCACCUCAUCUUCAGCUACGCCACCGUCGACGACAAGAACAACAACAUCAGGAGGCUGGUCCCCGUGGAUGAGUCGGACAUCGACCUCUACGGUGAACUCAACCGCCUGAAGAACAGUAAUCCAGAUUUGAAAACGUUACUUGCCGUAGGCGACCCAGAGGGCUCUGACUCUCAGACUUUCACUAAGAUGGUGGCCUCAAAAACCACCAGAGAAAAGUUCAUCGAUUCAGCCGUGACAAUGAUCAACACGUACGGCUUUGAUGGGCUCAAUCUCGACUGGCGUUACCCGACAGGAAAUGCAAACCGCGGGAAGUUCACAAGUCUCUGUCAGGAGCUCAGAGCAGCCUUAAACAGGAGUCUGCUGCUCACGGCCAGUGUCUCUGGGGUAAAGGACGUCAUUGAUGACAGUUAUGACGUCUCAAUAAUCGCCCUUGAACUGGAUUUCAUAAAUGUUUUGACGUUUGGUUUUCAUGAUUCAUCUGAACCGGUCACAGCACAUCACAGUCCUUUAGAUCCACCGUCCACUGACCCUGAGGAUCCUCUGACCACACAAAGUGCAAUGGACCACUGGAAAACUCUAGGGGGCGCUGCCCUGCCAGCAGAUAAACUAAACAUGGGAAUAGCUGCUUAUAGCGUCGCCUUUAGACUGUUUAACUCCAGUGAGGGUGGAGUCGGAGCAGCCACCAGCUCUACGCCUCCAGAAGACGGAUGCUACACGGAAGAACCGGGCGUUUGGUCGUAUUAUGAGACUUGCCUGUACAUUCAGGGUGGAGUUCGGACCUUCCUUGAUGAUCAGGGCGUCCCGUACGUGGUCACUGAGGGGCACUGGGUCGGCUACGACGACCCACAGAGUCUUAAUUUAAAGGUGGAACGUAUCAAAAAUGAAACCUACGGCGGCGCGGUUGUGUGGGCGUUGGACCUGGACGACUACACGGGACAGUUUUGUGAGGACGGGACAAACCCCUUCAUAAGUUACUUAAAAAGUAUUCUGUUCAUGUAGCAGUUGCACUGAUAUUUACCUACAUAUGUCAUUCAUUAGAUUUAAUAUAAAUGGAGGCACUUCAAAGUCUAACGGUGCCUUCGAGGGACAUUAUGAUCAUUAAGUUAAUCAAAAGUGUGAUUAUUCUGGUCAUAAUGCAACUAUAAUAUGACAAUCUGAACCAUUUAAGAAGCAAAAUGAAGUUAUUUCAGUUGAACUUUGACCCCUAAAGACUAACCUAAACGUGUGUGUUACAUCAUGUUCCCUUUGGAUUCAACCAAGACAAGUUCAUUUGAAAAAAAAACAGUAAUUCAAAGUGUUAAACAGAGCAGAGCAGAGUUAAACAGAACCGUUUGGUCCUGGGUUUAGAUCCGUCUCUUUUUUGAUUUUCAUUCAGACUUUUGUUAAAUGACGUUUGUUUCGCAGAAUAACUGAAACACUCUCGGUCCUGAGCCUGGACUGUUCCUCUGACUUUAAAACCAUUUCAAAUAUAUUAAGAUCAAAUCAAACUGUUUGGAAAUAGAGAAAUAACAUUCAUCUUGAUUCAAAAUGUUUGGAAUCAUGUUUUAUUUCUGACAAUCAUUACAUAUUAUUUUACUACUGAUCUUAAUGAGCAUCACAAAAAUAUAAAAUUAUUUCGAUUCCAUUUAAAUUUUCUCUAUAUUAAAAUGUGAUAAUAAAUGUGAAAUCCUCAUGUUU